AUGAUCCUUAGACUGUCACUGAUGUUUUGCUUUUUGGCGUACAGCAUGACGGAAGAAGUGGACGUUGUCGAAGCCGUUUCCGGGACGUCGCAAUCAAUCGACGAUUUGCUGCAACAGUCAGACCAACAGCAACUGCAGAUGCAGCACGGGCCGCUGCAGUCGCCGGCACAAAAGCGCGAUGACGCGAUGGAGGCACACAACCCCGACCAGCUGGCCAUGGAGACCGGUGACGACGUGGACGACCAGGACGCGUCCGGUUCCAUAGCCAAACACAACUACCUGAAACCGCAGUCGGCACCGAUCCGUGGCCACCCGCCACUGAAUCGAGGCCCACCACCCCCUCAGCAGCAGGCUCAACCACCACCAUCUCAACAGCAGUCCGGCAAGUAUCACCAUCACAACGUGGGUUACCAUGGACCACCACCGCCUCCACCAUCCUUACAGCAACAGCAACAGCAACAGCAAUUAGUUGCCCAACAGUCUGAGGCCAUGGACAAGGUGUACUCGGCCGGACCGGUAGGCAACGCGCUCGGCGAUCCGUGGCCGAGCAGCGCGUCCGCUGACAUGCCCAAGAUCGUGUCAUUGGACGUCAAGUGCGAGAAAAACUCCAUGAAGGUGUUUCUGAGCUUCGACAAACCGUUCUACGGGAUAGUGUUCAGCAAGGGCCACUACAGCAACGGCAACUGCGUACACUUGCCGGCCGGCCUAGGCCGGACGUCCGUAAACUUCGAGAUUGGCGUGCACGCGUGUGGUACUUCCGGCAACACCGAGAACGGCCUAUAUGGGUACGGGGCUGACUCCGGAUCCGGCACUUACUUCGAGAACAUCGUCGUCAUCCAGUACGACCCACAGGUGCAGGAAGUCUGGGAUCAAGCCAGGAAGCUCCGGUGCACGUGGCACGACCAGUACGAGAAGUCUGUCACCUUCAGGCCGUUCCCGGUCGACAUGCUGGACGUGGUCAGAGCUGACUUCGCCGGUGACAACGUCGGAUGUUGGAUGCAGAUACAAGUCGGCAAGGGACCGUGGGCUUCUGAAGUCUCUGGGCUGGUGAAGAUCGGACAGACCAUGACCAUGGUGCUGGCCAUCAAGGACGACGACUCCAAGUUCGACAUGCUCGUGCGCAAUUGCAUGGCUCACGAUGGAAAACGGGCACCCAUCCAGCUGGUGGACCAGAAGGGUUGCGUGACCCGCGGCAAACUCAUGUCCCGGUUUACCAAGAUCAAGAACUUCGGUGCAAGCGCGUCCGUUCUGUCAUAUGCUCACUUCCAGGCAUUCAAGUUCCCGGACUCGAUGGAAGUUCACUUCCAGUGUACCAUACAGAUAUGCCGGUACCAGUGCCCGGACCAGUGUUCGGACUCCAAUGCCAUACUCAGCGCACAGCAUGGUAACCUGCUAUCCGCCCACCACCCGGCGGUGCAGGGUCCUGCUGAGUACGGUCCGCCGCCCGCGCCCCUGGACGUAUAUGCACGCAUCGGUUCAGCCCAUCCCAGAGAUGAGAGGCGCGUCCGCCCAAGACUUCACCGUCGGUCAGCCGCCACCAGCACUACCUCCAGCACCAGCACUGCUACCUCCGAUGAACAGGAAGACGUGGGCGUCAACCGUGUCAUUAAGGUGGUGUCUACAGGCGACCUAACGUUCGCGCUAGAUGACUCGACAAACGGCUCGGCCACCAACACUAUGGUUUUCCCCACCAGGACCGUUGAACCAGGUUCGUCAAUGAUCUGCAUGACCACUGUCGGUUUCUCCGCAACGUUGGUUGUCCUGCUCGGCAUCCUGCUGGUUUCAUGUCUUGUGUCCGCGUACCUGUGUCUGCGCAUCAGGUCCAUGCCACAGCGCCGGAAAAACGCGCAGGUGGCGUGCACCAAUCCCAAACUUCAGCCGCAGACGGCGCACAAGUCAGCUGUUAUGCAUCAGGCGUAUACGUCGUGA